AUGGAACAGACUGACUGGUUUCCGAUGUUUCUAGUCGAGGCCGGCCAUGUACGUGCAAGGUUCCACGAUGACCACGAGCGCGCGCGAAACACCAUUGAUGAGUGUGUGGGCCACCAUGCUGUCGUUUUUCUGCCUUAUGAUCGCCACAUGGCCAGAGACGCGACAGAUGCGACUGCCGGUGCUGGAGACGAGUCUCCAUAG